CAUCUGCCCAUCUGCAGCUGGACCCAAUCAAUUCGGAAAUAUGAAUAGGUUUUGGAUAAUCGCUUUACUUUUAGCAUUACAGCAAACAAAGCCAAUAAAUGGACAAUCGGAUGUGGAUGUGCACUUAGUGGUGCCCCGGUAUGUGGAACGCGGAUCGAGCGCCACCUUCAAGUGCAAGCACAAUGUCCGGCCGGAAAUAUUGUUCAAGGUGACAUGGCUGAAGGUUGACAAGGGCAAGUUCUUUGAAUUCAUAAACGGACGGAAUCCGCCAUUCCGCAACUCGACCAUCGAGGGGGCCGAAAUCGAUUGGGACAAUUCGAAUGAGCAGCAGGUUACCCUAAAGGAUGUCCAGUUCGAUCUAUCCGGCCAGUUCUACUGCGAGGUCUCCACGGAUACGCCCAUUUUCACCAAGGCCAGCGCCGAUGAGCUGAUGAGCGUGUUCUUGCCGCAGACGGGUCCGCCCACCAUAAGGUUUCGCAAGCGGACGCCCUUCGCGGUGGGCGAGAAACUUUUCGCCCUGUGCAACACCACCCGCGGCCGCCCCGCGCCGCACAUCACGUGGCUAAUCAAUGGGAAAAAGGUGGAGGACAAGUACGUGCGCACCCACCACGCCUUCUCGUUCAACGGGAAGCACCAGCGACGCACGCAGCAGCAACAGCAGACGCAGCUGAGUCAGCAGCAGCUGCAGCAGCAGUACUUCCAGCAGCAGUACUUCAAUCAGUACCAUCAGCAGUAUCACAUCCCCGUUGGCCAAUUCAUGGACCGAUACGACAAAAGCCUACGAUGGCCGGCCGGAGCACGAGCGGAUGAGUUCCCGCACUUUGCGUCGCACCACCACGAGGGCCAUGGUCACCAUGGAAGCCUGUACAACAAUCCCUUUGGCUCGCUGGCCAACUACCAUGAUGUGGGUGAGUUCCACGAGGUGCACCAGCGCAACUACGACAGCAACAACAAGAAGAUGAUGGAGAUCAAGAAGCAGCAGCAGAUGGAGAUGAAGAAGCACAGGAACAGCAACCGCAAGUACCGGCGACACAUAAACGAGAACGCCCUGGGCAUCAUCCGGACCACGCUGAACAGCGGGGGCUUUGGUCCGCAGGCUCCCAACAUGAACAAGGAGCUGGGCAUCCCGUCGAAUGCAGGACCCAUGAAUCAGCUGGCAGCGGGCUACCAGCGACCCCUUUCGCAUCCUGGCGGCGGAAGUGGAGUGGCUGCUGCGGCGGCGGCCGUUACUGCCGCCCAGCAGGAGAAGGGCAUGUUCAGCAUCAGCCAGCUGAACAUCGAGCUCACCGAGGAGCACGUGGGCAGCAACAGCCGCAUGGAGAUCACCUGCCUGUCCACGAUCCCAGCCACUGUGGGCCAGGGCGAGCAGUACGCUGACUACAAGACCUUCUCGGUGAAAGUUGAGGUCGAGCGACAACUGGCCUCCUCCACGUCGACGGCCCCGCCGAGCAUCGGAAUGGCGGCGCUGGGCAAUGGAAAUGGACAUGGCAACGAAACCUCCGCGGGCAGGAGGGCCCAUGGCUCACAAGUGAUGACGCACUUGUGGUCAGUGGCGCAGCUCCUGCUGCUCGUCCUGCUGCCCCUCAGCUACUAGAUGAUGAUGAUGAUGCAGAUGCAUUAUGCAGAAGGCCUGGAGAGGAGAAGACCACCGACAUACUCGCACAGAAGGUAUAGUUAAAGCAAAACCAAGGGCAACCCCACAGCAUCAUCAUCCCACUUCCCACAUCCCACAUCAAGGACAAAGGCAGCAAAGACAGCAGCAAAGCAGCAGCAAUGGAAAAAAACCAAGUUGGAAUUUUUUUGUAAAUUGUACACCGCAUUUUUAAUCUGUUUCCCAAAGCAUGAAGCUCGAUCGAGCAGCUAAAUUAGUGCUGCCUCAAAAAGAGGCAGCCACAAAGACAAUGGACUAAGAGAACAUUUUUAGCAUUUGUGCUCGCCUUGGUCGGCCAAUUUAAAUAGUUUACUUGUAAAUAACUGCAGAUGACCGAGGGUGGAAUUUUUCCCCUACUCUUUUUUGUGUGGCAUUGCGCCAGAGAAAUGUUUGUAAUUAAGUUGCAGUCGGGACGGGAAAUUGCGAGAAGAAGAAUGCUUUUCAGUCCAGUCGGCCAGCGGCCAUCGGCCAUUUUUUUACAGUCCACAAUCCAAGGAGAAUUUUGUAUAGCUAAUUGAAGAUAAGUUUUCGGGAGAGGCGACUGCAACUCGGACAACAAAGAAACCAAACGAAACCAACGUUUUUUGCGCUCUCUCAAGGUCAUGGGCUGAUUUCCCUUUAUUUUGGCCUUGUCAGGAGUUUUGGGCCUCAGUCAGCCCAGAGAAACCCAGAAAUUCAAAUCCCAAAUAGCCAGAAUUGAUUGCGGGGCUAAAGUUUUUAGGCGUUUCAAAGCAGUCGCUACGAAGCUUGUACCUAAAAUGUAUGAACUUAGUGCAGUAGCAAGGAAAAAACUAGAAAACGAAUAACAUAAAACACAUUCAAAGGAAAAACAUAUUUUUUACGGUAUUGUAGCGCUUGGGCUAGUCAGCAAAAAAAAAAAAAAACAGGAUGAUGGGGUUGUGGCUAACUGAGUGGGUAGGCUAAGAUUAGGAAAAUUGAAUUUAAGAGCCGCAAGCAGCAGCAAGCUAAAUACGACUACCGUAUCCCCGACAAACAGAAAACCCGAAACCCCCCGGAAAUAAAACGUUUAAAUGUAAAAUAAUUAGACAGUUAAACCAAGAAGCUUACAGAAACAAUCAGUGUUGAAAACAUUUUGAGAAAACAACCAAAACAAAAGAAAAGGAAGGCAAAGGAAAGGCGGAGCGAAAAAUAGCACGCAGUUCGGGAGCCCCGAAAAAGGGCGCAAUCUGCGGCGCGUGGUGACCCCGAAAAUGGGAUAGGGUCACCAUUUUGCCCCGAGAGAAAUGGGAUGGGCUCAUCUUAAUGGGUCACCCACUCGGGGAACCACUCCGCUUUGCAUUACGACUCUUAUUUAUUUAUUUUCAUUUGGAACCCUUUAUUUUCGGUUCGUUGUGUGUAAAUGGUUAUCGUUGCAAUGGAUCGUUUAGUGUGUAGUUAGGAAAAUAUUUGUAUUUGCCGUUGCGCUUAAUUGUUUUUGUUAUGAAUUUAAUUUAUUCGCAGCCUAGUGCUUAACCGUACUUAAGUACGGAUGCAUUUUGUGUGUGUAUUUAGAGGAGGAUUAUUUUCAAGCGCGCUUUAAGUGUCUAUGGCUAAAGAACCAUUUUAAACACGUAGCAUAACAAUGUAACUAUGUAAAGCAAGAUAAUAGCAACCACGGACAACCCGGCAAAGUAAAUAUAUGUAAAGCAAUUAGUGGACUAGUCUAUACUCUCUAAAAAAGAAAAGAAAAACAAAUCUAAAUAUAUAAAAUGAGCGUCUGUAUUGUGUGUGUAAUUAGGCUUCUAUUUUUGACUUCUACUCGACGGCGAAAAGCAAAACCAAACAUAAAUUUAGUAUACAACUAAGCCUGCUACGUUCUCCUACAGUUUGAACAAGCGAAAUCAGUUAAAGCAAACGAUUAACAAUUAACAAGUAACAAAAUAACAAUUACAACUGCAAAUUGCAAAAUCUUGCCACAGUUGAAACAUUUUCCAAGGGUUGUGUGUAGUUUCUUGGCCAGCGGAAAAGCGGAAAAGCGAAAAGAGCCAAUGAGUACGGCAACCGGAUAAUGCUUAAACACGAACUACAACAAUUUUUUAUAAAUGAAAUAUACUUAAUUAUGAUAACGGUGACAUCACGUAUAAAUAAUUGAAAACAAAGUUCAUAUUAUGUAUGAAAAUAUGGCUAAAAUGUCUUAUGCAGGUAUUGACGUCUUCCUAUGCUACGCUGUCUAUUAUUAACAGAAAAACAAAAAACAGAAAUUGAUUACAUUUAUAAAUUAUACAUUACGAAUAGGUGUGCAUGCAAAUUUA